UCCACAGCAAAGGCGGCAGCUUGCUUCCAAUGCCGGGGCCAAGAACCAUGAAGCAUCCGGCGCCGGCCUCGCCGGGGAUGGUGGAGCGGUUUGCCGGCCUCUGGUCGGCGCUCGCCGGCGUGAUGCUCGUGUGGAGCAUGCUCCGGCCGUACAUACCGCACCAGCUGUUCGACCACUUCGCCGGCCGCUUCCUGCGGCGCCACGCGCGCCGGCUCGUGGGGCUCAUGGACCCCUACCUCACCGUCACCGUCUCCGAGUACGACGGCGAGCGCAUGAAGCGGGGGGACGUCUACGAGCAGGCCAAGGCGUACCUCAGCCACCGGUGCGCGCGCCGGGCGCGGGCGCUCCGGGCCGAGCGCGCGCGCGACAGCGACCGGUUCGUGCUCAGCAUGGCAGACAACGAAGAGGUCGCCGACGAGUUCUGCGGCGCCACGGUCUGGUGGUACUCAGUGCCCGCCUCCCGCCGCGGCGGGUACUACCAUGGGCCGCCGUGGUACGGCGGCGGCGGCGAGGUCGUCCCGGAGGACGCCGGGCGCACGUACCGACUCAUCUUCCACGAGCGCCACCGCGAGCUCGUCGUCGACUCCUACCUCCCCCACGUCUGCCGCGAGGGACGCGCCAUCAUGGUCGCCAACCGCCGCCGGAAGCUCUUCACCAACGGCGGCGAACGGUAUGGGAAGUCGAUGUGGAAGCACGUCGUGUUCGAGCACCCGUCUACGUUCGAGACGCUCGCCAUGGACCCGGUCAAGAAGCUGGAGAUCAUGGAUGACCUCGACUCGUUCCGGAAGGGGAAGGAGUACUACGCGCGCAUCGGCAAGGCGUGGAAGCGCGGCUACCUCCUCUACGGCCCGCCGGGCACCGGCAAGUCCACCAUGAUCGCCGCCAUGGCCAACUACCUAGACUACGACAUCUACGACGUCGAGCUCACGUCCGUGGUCACCAACACCGACCUUCGGCGGAUGUUCAUCGAGACCAGGGGCAAGUCCAUCAUCGUCAUCGAGGACAUCGACUGCUCCCUCGACCUCACCGGCAAGCGCAGUAAGAAGCCGCCGGGCACCACCGACCCCGCCGACAUCAUCGAAACCAAGGCGCCCAACAAGAUCAAAGAGCAACCGGCCGAUCCGAACGCGAGCAAGGUGACGCUCUCCGGCCUGCUCAACUUCAUCGACGGGCUCUGGUCGGCGUGCGGCGGCGAGCGCAUCAUCGUGUUCACGACGAACCACAUCGAGAGGCUGGACCCCGCACUGAUCCGGCGCGGCCGCAUGGACAAGCACAUCGAGAUGUCCUACUGCUGCUUCGAGGCCUUCAAGUUCCUGGCCAAGAACUACCUCGCCAUCGACUCCCACCCUCUGUUCGACGACAUCAAGGCGCUGUUACAGGCGACCAACAUCACCCCGGCCGACGUCGCCGAGCUCCUGAUGCCCAAGCGCGCCGCCGACGAUGCGGACUCCUGCCUCGCCGGCCUGGUGAAGGCGCUGGAGAAGGCCAAGGAGAAGACGACGGCCAAGAACGCCAGUCACAACAUCAAAGAAGAUGACGAGAUAGUGGAGGAUGAGUAGAGCCGAGCUAGCUAAUCAAGUUAAGGCCUUUAACAAUCUUGUUUAGCUGCAUCGUUUGUUAGUAGCUGCUAUCCACGUUGGAGUUACAUUUCUACCAUAGUGGUUUAGCAACUUUAGUUUCAUCUCGCAACAUUAAUCUUUUUCGAUUGCAUCUUUCGUCGGUAGUUGUUGCCAUCCGUGUAGGAAUGGCACUCAGGCUCUUGAUUAUCAUGACAUGAGAAUUGGAGUUGAAUUGGGCUCUUGAUCUUGUAACACCUAUUUGAAACGUAGCAACUUCACAAGA